GAAACCUGAAACAGACGUAAACAUCUCGAGAGCCGAAACAUAAGAAUAAUGUUACUGAGAAAUCGCCUCUCAACCCUCCAAUUCGCCACUCUCUUAUCCCCUUCUUCUUCUACCAAAACUCGACCUUUCACUCUCACUCUCCGAAACACUCUCUCAAGCUCAGCUCGCCGGAGUCGGAGCCGGAGCCACCAUGUCUCGGCGGCGACCCCCACGAGCCCAUCUCCGACCCCCUCCGACACCGCCAGGUUCGUCCGCGACUUCCUCUUCGUACCGCCCGGGGUCGAACCUGAGGAGGUCACCGAAGAAAUGGUCCUGCCCGGUUCCAACAUCGUGGUCGGACCUUACGCCGGCGACGCCAAGAUCAAGGACGUGGAGUUCGUGAAGAGCAGCGGCAGGGCCAAGGACUGCCCCAAAGACGACCGACCCGAAUUCGCUAUUCUGGGUCGUUCCAAUGUCGGCAAGUCAUCGCUUAUUAAUGCCCUCGUGAGGAAAAAGGAAGUCGCGCUUACUUCUAAAAAGCCAGGGAAAACUCAGCUAAUAAAUCAUUUUCUGGUGAACAGAAGUUGGUACAUUGUGGAUUUGCCUGGCUAUGGAUUUGCCAAGGCUUCAGAAGCAGCUCGAAUGGAUUGGUCUUCGUUCACUAAAGGGUAUUUUCUGAACAGAGAUACUCUGGUUGCGGUUCUGCUUCUUGUUGAUGCAAGUGUUCCACCUCAAAAGAUCGACCUUGACUGUGCCAAUUGGCUUGGACGCAACAAUAUACCGCUGACUUUCAUUUUUACAAAGUGUGACAAAAUGAAGGGAAAAGGAAAAAAGCCGGCUGAGAACAUCAGGGAUUUUCAACAGUUCAUCGCGCAAAACUACCCUAAACACCCGCCGUGGAUCAUGACUAGCAGUGUCACUGGUUUGGGCAGAGAUGAGCUCCUCCUUCACAUGUCACAGCUAAGGAACUACUGGAAUCAAUGACACCAAAGUAUAGUUAAAACUCUGAAGUAACUUCAUCUGAUAAAUGCUUAGCACAAAACUUCAUCUAAAAAUGGUGCAUAGGAAUCUAGGGACUUCAAACAAAUACUGCCUAUAGGAUUUUGUAAUGUUUGCUAUCUACUUUUCUCAUGAAUCCCUUUCAAUCAAUGCAUUAGAGAUUUGUAAUUUGGCUAUGCAGCUUGGAUGUAAGGUUCUCUAUGUGUAUAUAUAUUAUGUAGAUAAGUCUGAUUUGUUUUUUUGUUUAGUGGAAAUU